UUUACACAGCGGCGGUGAACGGGACUUUUAUUUUGGCUGCCGGGCGCUGUGACGUCAUACGCCCGCGUCGCGCCGCUGCUCUCGAGAUCCGGCUGAAGAAAGACACAGAAAUCCUCCUGGUGAAGCGAGAUGGCGUUCAUUAAACAGGAGAGUGAAGACCUGAGGAUUGUAGAAGUAUUCAGCUUGAAACACGAAGACACUGAGGAACAAACAGACCUGAUGGCAAUAAAAGAAGAGAGUCAAGAACUGAAAGAAACAGAAGAGAAAGAUCAAAAUGAGAGACAUAAUUUCUUUGUUGUAGAAAAAUCCAUACCGACUGAAACAAAUUCAGUUCAGAAGACCAAAUCUCCCAGUUACUUGACUUGCCAUGAAUGUGGAAAGUGUUUCACAUUAAAAGUAAACCUUAAUGAACACAUGAAAAUUCACACUAGAGAGAAGCCAUUCACAUGCCAGCACUGUGGAAAGAGUUUCACACUAAAAGGAAGCCUUAAUGAACAUGUAAUCAUUCACACUGGAGAGAAGCCGUUCAUAUGUGAUCAGUGUGGAAAGUGUUUCACUAAAAAAGGAAAUCUUAAUAAACAUAUAACCAUUCACACUGGAGGGAAACCGUUCACAUGUGAUCACUGUGGAAAGAGUUUCAGAUAUAAAGAAACUCUUAAAUCCCACAUGAGAGUUCACACUGGAGAGCAGCUGUUCACAUGCCAACACUGUGGAAAGUGUUUCACACUAAAAGCAAACCUUAAACAACACAUGAGAAUUCACACCGGAGAGAAGCCGUUCACAUGCCAACACUGUGGAAAGAGUUUCACACUGAAAGCAAACCUUAAACAACACAUGAGAAUUCACACCGGAGAAAAGCCGUUCACAUGCCAACACUGCGGAAAGAGCUUCGUUACAAAAGGAACCCUUAAUCAACACAUAACCAUUCAUUCAGGGAAGCCAUUCACAUGUGAUCAGUGUGGAAGGAGUUACAAAUAUGAAGAAAGCCUCAAAUCCCACAUGAGAGUUCACACUGGAGAGAAGUCGUUCGCACGUGAUCUGUCUGGACAUGGUUACAAAUACAUUGAAACCCUUAAUUCCCACACGAAGAGUGAACAUUCAAGAGAGAAGGGUUUUGUGUGUCAUCAGUGUGGAGAGAGUUUCAGCUGUAAAGUAAGCCUCUACACUCAUGUGAGACUUCAUACUACAGAGAAGGCUUUCACCUGCAAACUGUGUGGGGAUAGCUUUUUACAAAAUGGAAAUCUUAAGUCACACAUGAGAAUUCACACUAGAGAGAAGCAAUUAGUGUGAAAAGAGUUUCAGACGUAACCCUUGAUUCACACAUGAAAAGUACUUACAACUGUAAACUGUGUGGGAUCAUAGAAACCUGUUAUUAAUUCACUACUAUAAAGUGACAACUGGAGAUGUUUUUUUUUUUUAAAUGGCUCCAGAAAAUAGGCAACUGUGAAAUGAAGGAAUCUAAAAAACUAGUAUAUCUUGCAAUGCAUUUGAUUCUAUCAUUACAUUUCCGCAACAAUUUCCAAGCUAUAUUUACUCCACUUAAAUUACUAUCCAAAACACAGCCAAUAUAAUUGACCGAUGUU